AUGGCAGAAAAAUUAACACAUUAUCUCUUGGUAUUAUCUGGCAUUGCUAGUUUUAUUGUAGGCUAUUCCAUGCAAUCUAUGCAAAUGCUCCUUAUUGUAUUUGCUGCUGGUUUAGCAUUAACUGCUUUGGUUGUUAUCCCCCCUUGGCCAUUGUACAAUAAACACCCUCAACCAUUUCUUCAACCUCAAGAUACCAAUGAAAAGAAAGAAUAA